CGGCGCGGCGGCGGAAAUGGCCGAGGGCCGGCGGUGGCGGCCAUGUUGGGAGCCGUUGGGUGCUGAGGAGGCGCGGGUGUGAGGCGGCGGCGGCGGCCGGGCCGGGCGGACUCGCCGCCCUCCUUCCCCCUUCUCCUCUCCCGUCCCCCUCCCCGGCCUCCCCCAUGCCCGUGGCCUGGCCUCCCCCCGCUCCCUGAGCGCGGCCCGGGGUUCCCUCUUUCCCCCCCCCCUUCCCCCUCCCCGCACACCGCCCGCCGCGGCUUCCCUCUAUCGCGAUAGUCGGCGGCGGGGGGGGGGGCCGCCAUGUCGAGCAGCGGUCGUAGCCCUCUACCUACUGUCAACGAGAGAGACGCGGAACAGCCGGGUCCCACGGAAGGGAAGGGCGGCGGGAAGGCCAACAUGCUGCGGGGCCGGAAUUCGGCCACCUCCGCCGAUGAGCAGCCCCACAUCGGCAAUUACCGUCUGCUGAAAACCAUCGGCAAGGGCAACUUCGCCAAGGUCAAGUUGGCCCGGCACGUCCUCACCGGCAAGGAGGUCGCCGUGAAAAUCAUCGACAAAACGCAGCUCAACUCCUCCAGCCUGCAGAAGCUCUUCCGGGAAGUGCGAAUAAUGAAGGUCCUGAACCACCCCAACAUAGUGAAGCUCUUUGAGGUGAUCGAGACGGAGAAGACGCUUUAUCUCGUCAUGGAGUACGCCAGCGGGGGUGAGGUUUUUGACUACCUGGUGGCCCACGGACGCAUGAAGGAGAAGGAGGCCCGGGCAAAGUUUCGACAGAUAGUGUCGGCUGUGCAGUACUGCCACCAGAAGUUCAUUGUCCACAGGGACUUGAAGGCGGAAAACCUGCUGCUGGAUGCGGACAUGAACAUCAAAAUCGCCGAUUUUGGCUUCAGCAACGAAUUCACUUUCGGGAACAAACUGGACACGUUUUGUGGGUCCCCUCCCUACGCCGCCCCCGAACUCUUCCAGGGGAAGAAAUACGACGGCCCCGAAGUCGACGUCUGGAGCUUGGGCGUCAUCCUCUACACGUUGGUCAGCGGUUCCUUACCCUUCGACGGGCAAAAUCUUAAGGAGUUGCGGGAGCGGGUGCUGCGGGGCAAGUACCGGAUCCCCUUCUACAUGUCCACCGACUGCGAGAACCUGCUGAAGAAGUUUCUCAUCCUUAAUCCUACCAAGAGGGGCACCUUGGAGCAAAUCAUGAAGGAUCGCUGGAUGAACGUGGGCCACGAGGACGACGAGCUGAAACCCUACAUGGAACCCGUGCCAGACUACAAGGACCCUCGGAGGACAGAGCUGAUGGUGUCCAUGGGGUACACGCGGGAGGAGAUCCAGGAGUCGCUGGUGGGACAGAAGUACAACGAGGUGAUGGCGACCUACCUGCUGCUGGACCACAAGAGCUCGGAGCUGGAGGACAGCCUGGCGCUGAAGCCGCGGGUGGCCCCCGACCUGGCCAACAGCUCGGGCCCCUCCCCGGCGCACAAGGUCCAGCGCAGCGUCUCCGCCAACCCCAAACGCCGCGUCAGCGACCAGGCCGGCCUCUCCAUCCCCACCUCGGCCUCCUACUCCAAGAAGACGCAAGCGGCCAACGCUGAGAACAAGCGAGGAGGAGGAGGAGGGGAGGAAGAGGGGGGGCGGCGGGCAGGCAGCACUGCCAAGGUGCCCCCCAGCCCCCUGCCUGGCCUGGAACGAGCCAAGGGCACCCCCUCACCUUCCACGAACAGCGUCCUCUCCACCGGCACCACGCGGAGCCGUAAUUCCCCGCUGCUGGACCGGGCCAGCCUGGGCCAGAGCUCCCUGCAGAACGGCAAGGACAGUGGGGUGCCCAGCCGGGUACCGGCGGCUUCUCCGUCAGCCCACAACGUCAGCCAAGGUCCCGGGGAACGACCCAGCUUCCCCCGGGGGGUUUCCAGCCGUAGCACCUUCCACGCCGGGCAAUUGCGACAGGCGCGCGACCAGGCCCCCCUCCCCUACGCUUUGCCCCCCGGUUUGCCCCCCGCUUCUCCCUCCGGCGCCAGCCAAGGUCGUCGAGGUCCCUCCGCCAGCCUCUUCAGCAAGUUCACUUCCAAGUUCGUCCGGAGAAAUCUGUCUUUCAGGUUUGCCAGAAGGAACCCCCACGAGCCCGAGAGCAAGGACCGGGUGGAGACGCUGAGACCCGCCGUCGGUCCGGAAAAAGAAACCCGCGAAGCCAGCGGUCGCGAAGCCAAACCUCGUUCUUUACGUUUUACCUGGAGCAUGAAAACGACGAGUUCUUUGGAACCGGGAGAAAUGUUACGGGAAAUCCGGAAAGUUCUGGACGCCAACAGUUGUCGUUGCGAACCGCAGGAGCGUUUCGUCCUCCUUUGCGCUCACGGAGCUCCGGGUCACGAUUCUUUCGUCCAGUGGGAAAUGGAAGUUUGUAAACUCCCGCGUCUUUCCCUCAACGGCGUCCGCUUCAAACGCAUCGCCGGGACCUCCAUGGCCUUCAAGAACAUCGCCUCGAAGGUGGCCAACGAGCUUAAGCUCUGAGGCGGUGACGAUGUCAUCGCGGACCGGCUUGGGGGUUGUUUUUUUCGGGGGUUUUUUUUGGUUUUUU